UGCCAUUUUGUAUCAAAGGAUACGAAGGAAAGAAAGAUGUGGACGGAGGCGGAAAUGAACAGGUCACGUGGGUCUGAGGUUGCCAAGGCCGGUGUGUCUCCAUGACAACACUAGUAGAGGAACGCGUCUGUGUACAGCGCUACAGAGCGAAAAGAAAAGAAUGGCAGAAACCGUUGAUGGUAAAAAAGAGGAUGCUGACUACAAAAGACUGCAAAGCUUUCCGCUCAUCAGGCACACAGAUAUGCCAGAGGAGAUGCGUGUGGAGACUAUGGAGCUUUGCGUCACAGCCUGCGAGAAAUUUGCAUCCAACAAUGAGAGCGCUGCCAAGAUGAUCAAGGAGUCCAUGGAUAAGAAGUUUGGCAGUUCGUGGCAUGUGGUGAUCGGUGAGGGGUUUGGGUUCGAGAUAAAGAAACAAACUCUUCUACAUCUUGAAUGACCUGAGGGUGAGUACAUUUUCAGCAAUUUUUUUUUUUAAGGGAAAAAAGAUAAAUAUUUAAUCUAAAUGUGAAUCACUAUGAAGAACUAUGCUGUUUUGUCACAUUUUGCUGUAUGUCAAGAUUUUUUUUUCAGUCCACCACUGUGCAUUAAUACUGAUUUGUGAGUCAGACAGUUGCAGUUUAAUGAGAUUUCCAGUGGGUUUUAUUCCAGUUAGCCUUUGUGCCACUGAUGUUAUUGACCUUCUAAAUUAAGUAUCUUGUUUUCCAUUUAUAUAGGCUUUAUCUACAAGCUCCUCCUAAUGUCCAUGUUCUUUUCUGUGUUGUUUGUUUCUCGAUUAUUUCUUGCCCAGACAUGCUGUUCCCUCUCUUACUACAGUAUCUCACAGUCUCUUCUCAUUCUGAACCCAGAUCAGAUGGAGGGCUGGUGCUGUGUGUCUCUGGCUCACGCUCCUCAUUAACAGCUUGUCUCUCUCUGGGGGACUGCAGGAUCUGCCUGACAUUUUGCUGACCAGGAACAUACCGCAGAGAGACACAACGGGAAGAGGAAUGCGAGCCAAAGAUCAGAUUCGAAACAAGAACAUUAGAUAGAAGGAAUUCAUCCUGCCUGAGAUUUUAUGCUAUGGUAAAAUAUGCACUAAAACACAGGGGGGUAAAGAUGGAAGAAAAAAAAUGUUGAAAUGAAUUUGUCAUUCGCAGUAGAACCUCCCUGGACAAGAAAAGAGAGAGUGUAGAUUGAACAGUAGAGACGUAGAGUGAUUGAUGAAAGAGAGAUAGCAGCUGAGGAAGAUCAUCACAAAGAUUUGUAGAUCAUGAAUGUUCACAUAAAGCAGAAGAGGGAUUACACUGAUUAUGUAACUGUGUGUGUGUGUGUGUGUGUGUGUGUGUGUGUGUGUGUGUGUGUGUGUGUGUGUGUGUGUGUGUUGAAAGAGCAUUGAUGGCAGUAAAGAAGUGAACUGGAUGUGAGGAGAGCGUCAGUGAGGGGAUGAGAGUGGGUUUGAGGGAUGAAUACAAAUCAGUUUUCCCUUUUUCUUUGGUUUCUGUCCUCACUUGGUUUCCUUCUACUAGGUUUUGUAAUAUGCAAAGUUACAGUUCUGGCUGCUAAUUGGUCAAUACAAUGUUUUUAGUCAAGUUUUAGUCAGUAGUAAUGACUGAACUGUGAGGCUCCUAACUGACCUUUAGCCAUUAUUUUAUACACAGUAUAGCAGAACUUAGACAUUAUUGGGUAAAAUGGGAACUGCACACCUUUUCAGUAGCAUUGAUUUGGGAAGUAUUAUUCCCAUUUCUUUUCUUCAUAGGAAUUUUAUGAAGUACUUUAAAAUCAGAGCAGAAGGCAAAGAAACGUAUUGCUGUUUAUGAGGGAAUGAACUACAAUCUCAAGAAACGCUUUAACGAUGCAAUCGAAACAAAAAAUUACAGUACAAUAUAAAAUUACUGAUUCAUAGGCAGUUGAUAUAUAGGUAUAAAACAUAUAUUUAUUAAAAAGGACUGCAGAAUAUUCUUAUAAUCAAUACUGUUCAAAAGUACACUCACCAAGGCUGUAUUUAUUUUAUCAAAAAUACAGUAAAAACUGUAACUGUAUUGUGAAAUAAUGUUAGAAUUCAAAAUAAUGGUUUUUGAUUUUAAUAAGAUAUUGAAAAUGUAUUGCUGUCAUGACAUAUAAAAAGUUUCAGAAUCCAUUAUUCGAGUAUCUCAUGAUUUUUCAGAAAUAAUUCUUAUAUGCUUAUUUGCAGCUCCAGAAAUAUUUC